AUGGGCCUGGAGAAGAAGGAUGUGAUCACGGCCGGAUUUGCGGCGCUCGUCUCGUGGUUGCUGCUCACGCACUGGGUGCCGUCGUUUCGCUGGAUUCCCUACGCCUUUGUUGCGGGCUGUCUCGCAACCCUCAUCGCCCUCGUAUUGCUCGUCUUGACUGCCUCCAAGGGCUCGAAUCAUCGUUACAACCAUGCGACUACCCUCGUACCCCCGGCGUUUAUUACUCCAGCACUAUGGAACCAAGAGAAAGCCGCCUUGAAGACGCGUUCACGAUACGACAAGACACCCAUCUAUCCCUCCUCGGCAAAGGUCUCCCUAAGCAUCGACGGUCUGCUGGACUUUGUUCUUCGGGACUUCAUCACCGUGUGGUACAAGAAUAUCAGCCCACGCCCGCUGUUUCAAAAUGAGGUGGAUCGCGCCAUCAGGCAGGUUCUGGAUAACGUUCGUAAGAGGACUGCACAACUGGACAUGGUCGAACUUGCUGUCGCAAGGAUCGUCCCUAUCUUGACCAACCACAUGCGCGAUUUCUACAACGCUGAGCGUCUGGUUAGAGGCAAGAACCUGUCUCGCGACAUGACCGAGUCAGAAGAGCUGGAUCUCGCUAUCGCCGCCAAAUUCAGAGACGGCAAGCUUCACCCUGCUGCCGCUCUGGCCUUCUCCGACACGAAGCUCCUGCAGCAGACGCACCUGCGACGUAUAGUCGCAAAGAUACUGCCGCUUGUCAUGCCCGAUUAUAUGAAGAGUAGUGCCGCUGUGUCCGCUCUGGUCAAAGAAAUUGUUGCAUGUGCUGUUUUGACCCCUGUGGUAUUGAUGCUCUCUGAUCCGGACUUCUUCAACCAACUCAUCGAGAAUUCUGGACGUACCAUGCUGCAAGAUCGCAAAUCGGUUCGCAAACUUAGAGCUGCUCUAGAUGAACAUGCUGUACCAGCCCCCCAGCAUCCCAAGUCAGUACAAUUUCCACGUCUCAGACCGGGCGACAAUGAGAGGCAAUUCGAAAGAUUUAUUCGCGCAACUCGAAAUUGUGCCACCCUAUCAGAUGCUAGGCGUUUUCGAAGCGAGAUCACUAGCCAAGUUCGAAAAGCUACCUCAGGUUCUGAUCAAGACCCUGUUUAUCUUCGCCGAUUGGAAACUGGACGACGUAUACUGGAUCAGAAGAUCGCACACUUUACUGCGAAUGGUACCUCAAGGCCGAAAUUGACAGUGAAAGCAUCUGCCUCUAGUGUUGAGCAUUCUUCCAAGUUGAGCCAAGCUUCUCUAGGCGAAGUACUGCACAGUGCUUCGGGCCUUUCCUAUUUUAUGGAAUACAUGGACAGGAAGAGCAGUAUGCGUUUGGUACAAUUCUGGAUUGUCGUUGAUGGCUUUCGCAACCCUCUGGAAGCUGACAACGAUGAACCAGAGCAAGAGCUUCCGCACGAUACUCCCUGGAGUGCCUCGGACAGAAUGGAUCUCGAGCAAAUGUAUGAAGCUUAUCUCACUAAACCUGAGCUCGGUGUUCCCGACCACGACAGACAGGCUGUGAGAGACUUUUUGAGAGCUGGCAGUUCGGCAGAUGCUCGACUCUACGUUUCUGCCCGGCGUGCUGUGCUCCGAGCGCAAACCUCUGCAUUUGAAGAGAUGAAGGAUCAGCACUUCGAUAGCUUCAGAAAGUCAGACUUGUUCUACAAGUGGCUCGCCACGGAAGAAAGUUCAAUCAUGUCUGCUACCUCGGAAGGAUAUCCCGAGCUGUCAAGAUCACUGUCAGUUGGCGGCGAAAGAGAUCGACCGUCUCACCGGGAAGCCCGAUCGGUAGCUGUACUUUCCCCCAAGUCGCCUCGUGCCCCUGAGCUCAGAAGACCGGCUAUGUCAUCCAGUGAUCUGAAGAGUUUUAUCAAGCCAAGCGUUAUUGCUAGCCCGGUGCGACAGUCUAUGGACGGUUCGAGACCACGGCCUCUCUUUGAUGACGAUGUUGAGGAUGAGCGUAUGACUCGAUCUGUAUCUGCUCUCAGUAGCAUGGAUCUAGAGAACGACGUAGAUCAUACCGUGGAUGACUCUGCUCAGGUAGUGGAUGCUAUGCAAGCCGCUCUUAACCAAAUCAUGGAUGAGCCAGACAACAGUUCCAUCUUCUCUGCCGAGAAUACCGCAGCAAAUAAUGAUUCGCCGCGAGCUUCCUUGGACUUAACAAGGCCUACCUUGGUUCAAACGAGGUCAAAGCCUAGUAUAGCCUCUCUCGGAUUGGUGGGAGCUCCAUCAAGCAAAGGAGUCUUCGCUGACGAUUUGUUUGGAGAAGAGGAGAAGUUCGCCGAAGACGAGAAAGAGGAUUCUGAUCUGGCAGACAAGGGACUUGACGAUGAUAUCCACGAAGCUGCACCUGGUGAUCUCGGACUUACUGAAGCCAUUGACACUCUCAAUGCUGACAUCGAUCGCUUGACUGCUCAAGAUGCCAUUCUUGAUUCUCUGACGAAGAAGGCCGAGUUGACCAAUAACGCAGCUGAGUUGAGAAUCCUCCGUAAAUCCAAGCAAAGUCUGGCGCGAGAGAUACAUCGCAAAGAGAUGCAAAAACAGCAGUACACAAUCCAGGAAAGCGAUAACAGCCUGUACGGGAGAGCAGCAGUCAACAUCAAAUCAAUCAUGGUUGGGAGAGAGGAAGAUGGUCAUGAAUUCGCACUUUAUGUCAUAGAAGUCCGACGUCAAGCAGGCGAUCAAAUGCCUGCUGCCGUCUGGAUGGUGACGAGACGAUACAGCGAAUUCCAUGAGCUAAACAAGCGUUUGAGAGCGAGAUUCCCUGCUGUUAGAAACCUCGAGUUUCCUCGCCGGCAGACACUCUUCACGUUGCAAAAAGAUUUUUUGCAGAAGCGACGGGUGAUCCUAGAGAAGUAUCUCAAGGCUCUGCUCUUGAUUCCGGCUAUCUGCCGUAGUCGAGAACUCCGUGCUUUCUUGUCACAGUCAAGGAUCACAUCCGGCGCUAAUGGCAGCCAGAUUGACGAGAAAGACUUUGUGACAAGAAUUUACAACUCGGUCACAGAUGGCAUGGAAGAGUUCUUGGGCAACAUUCCAGUACUCGAUCAGCUAUCUGUCGCUGGUCAGAAUCUGAUCUCGGCAGCAACUGCUCAGAUGAGUGGGGUGCCAUUGAACCCCAAUGCUCCCGAAUUCUCAUCGGACCCUGCGUCUGCAGCAGAAGCCGAAGCGGAAAUCAAUGCUUUCGAGGACAGAGAAGCCGAGCCGUUUGUCAAACCGAUCUGUGAUAUCUUCUUGGAGAUUUUUGAGCUGCAAAAAGGUACCAGCUGGUUACGAGGACGUGCUGUAGUAGUUGUUCUGCAUCAGCUUCUGGGUGGCACAAUCGAACGAAAGGUUAGAGAUGCAGCGAAAGGAUUUGGUCAAGAAGAUUCAGUGAUACGAUACAUUGAUCUAGUCAAGAACAUCAUGUGGCCCGAAGGUCAGAUGAAGCAGGGAGGAGUGCCGCGCACAGCUGCACAAAAGGCGCAAAGCCAGAAAGAAGCAGGACUUUUGCUUGCGACAUUGGUACCGGACUUAGCUGGUAGUGUAGUGGGUAGGCAAAAUGCCCAAGCAGCGAGUCGAAAGGUGUUUGCCAUGUUGAACAAUCAACGUCUGAAUACGCAUUUAGUGUUCACAUUGCUAGAUGAGCUCAUAACUACCGUUUUCCCUGAGGCGGCGAUUCGAUAA